AUGCCGGUUCAUCUGCUACGUGGAGGCCUAGCCCUUUUGGCCCUUUUGUGGAGCCUCGAGUUGCCUUUAGUUUCUCUCCGUCACUUGAAAGUGCGACCCCAACUGCUCCUGGUGUCCUUCGAUGGCUUCCGCUGGGACUAUGUGAACCGUGUUCCGACGCCAAACUUUCACGCCCUAAUGGAGGAAGGUGUGACAGUAGAGCACGUGGAGAACGUGUACAUCACUAAGACCUUCCCCAACCACUACAGUAUGGUGACAGGUCUCCACGCCGAAUCACAUGGCAUCGUCGGUGACCGGAUGCUUGACCCAAGUCUCAACCUCUACUUCUCCUUUGACAAUAACAGCAUCUAUGAGUCACAUUGGUGGGAGCAGGCAGAGCCCCUGUGGGUUACCAUUCAGAAGUACGGGGGGCGGAGCGGCGCUGCUAUGUGGCCCGGUUCUGAUGUGAAGAUCCAUGGAAUGUACCCUACUCAUUACCUCCCACGUGAUGCUUCACUUAGCUUCGAGUCCCGGGUCGAAAACCUGAUUAAAUGGUUCUCUGCUCUUGACCAGGAGGCAGUAAAUUUUGGGGUCCUGCACUGGGGGGAACCGGACGCAAGUGGACACAAGUUUGGACCCGAGAGCACCCUGAUGGAUGCUGUCAUCGCUGACCUGGAUGAAAAACUCGGCUUCCUGCGCAAUAAACUGAAGACAGCGGGCCUUUACGAGAGAGUCAACUUGGUGGUGACCAGUGACCACGGCAUGACGCAGGUUUUCCCCGAUAAAAUCAUUGAACUGGACGUGUACGUAGGAAGAGACUUGUACAGCUGGGUGGACAAUAGCCCCGUGAUGGGAAUACUACCCAGAGAAGGAAAGCUGGACGAGGUUUAUGACAAGUUGGUUGACGCCAACCCCUACAUGACAGUCUACCGAAAAGACGCCAUCCCCGAACGCUUCCACUACCGCCACAACACCAGGAUCAUGCCUAUCUUGUUGGAGGCUCAGGAGGGAUGGAUCAUCGUGCAGAACAGGAGCACAAUGAUCACGUUGGGAAAUCACGGCUACGACAACACUCUACGCAGCAUGCAGCCCAUCUUCCUGGCCCGCGGUCCAGCCUUCUGCCAGAACUACGUGAAGCCCACCAUGCGCACUGUGGAUCUGUACCCCCUCAUGUGUCACAUCCUGGCCGUCCCACCUCUGCCCAACAACGGUUCCCUGCUAGAUGUUGAGGACCUGCUGCGCCCAGAGUCUAUGGCGUUCCCACCCAACAUCUCACACGCCAGUAUGGUAGUGGGCGUCCUCAUCGGGGCAAUGCUGGUAGUGGGCUUCCUAUUAGUGUUCGUGCGGCAGGUGACGCUCAAGCAGCUUCCUUCGCUCAGACACAUCCGCAGGGAGAUGUCACAGCCUUUACUGCAAGACGACUUGAACCUGUAG